CUCUUCUCUCAGGUGGACAUGGCCUGCAGGAGCCACAUCCGGCCCAAUGACUUGGCUUGCACCCUGCAACUGGCCCUGGCAUGGAUCAUAUUGGGGGCCUGUGGAGGGAGCCACCAAUUCCAAGCUAGGUCCCAGGGACACUUUGGGCUUGCGGCAAAUCUGGGCACAGGCCAACUGCAACUGGCAGAGAUGGACACACCGGAGGCAUCAGGCCCUGGGAUCUUUGCACAGCGUUGCGGGACUCCCAGCCCAGGAUGCGAAUCCUUCCUGGGACACCUCCAACGCGCGCUCCGCAAUCGCUUCCGCCUGCUGCUGUUGGGGGUACGCCAGGCUCAGCCGCUCUGCCAGGAACUCUGCCAGAACUGGUUCGCCACCUGCGAAGCUGAUAUCACUUGUGGCCGGACUUGGCUGGCCUCAAAAAAGAGAGGCUGCGAGGCUAGCUGCCGCACCUACGGGCAGACUUUCGCUGACGGAGAGGACCUUUGUCGCUCGCUUCUGGGUCACGUCCUGCCGGUGGCAGCUCCUGGCUCCCGCCAUUGCCUCAACCUCUCCACCUCAUUAUUGCCGCGUCCUAGACCCGGACGAUGGGCCCGGGAAACUAUCUCCGGGCGCUCCCGCCGCCCUCGCACCGCGGUCCUGGACGCCGGGGGCAGCGGGAGUGGCAGUGGAAGCGGCAGCGGCCCCUAG